AUGAGUGUCGUUGGCCUGGCAAGUUGCCGGGUCAAUUCUACCACGUUCCCCCGCUUGCUUUCCCCUCCAACGACAUCUCAGGCGAGAAUAUCGGGCCCAUUAGGGUUCUCGCGGUAUCGAUCCCGGCAUGACCUAUCCCCUUCUCAUCCUCAAUCCUGCCGUCCCUCAUCUUCGACAUCCGCCCUCUCACCCCGCCGACUAACAUCCUCACGAACGAUACCUAGCGCCUUCUUUCGCUCCAACUCCUCUUCGUCAGGCUCGUCGGUGUCGAAGAAGAGCAUCGCCGAGGAGGCACACCCCUCGUCCACGCUCUAUUCCACCCCAAAUCCGCCUCGGUCGAUCAUCGACCGCAUCACGUCGACCUUUGCGCUCUCGGACAAGGCGCAAGAUACAGGUGGGAGUAGUGUGAAGAAGCUGGUACAGCUAGCGAAGCCGGAAGGGAGGCAGCUGGGUAUCGCUGUUGGACUGCUAGUGGUAUCGAGCGGUGUAUCGAUGCUUGUACCCCUGACUGUCGGAAAGCUGAUAGAUUUCUUCUCGACUGGUGGUACCACCUUCCUCGGUCUCUCUUUCCCCGUUGCAGCUGCAUUUCUGGCACUGACGUUCUGCGUCGGGGCGGCAUGCAAUGCUGGACGAUCAAUAAUCAUGCGUUUGUGUGGGCAGAGGAUCAUCGCUCGAGUCAGAAAUCAAGCAUACCUUUCAGCCCUGCGUCAGGAGCCCGAAUUUGCUGAUCGAAGCGCUGGCGAUAUCGUCUCUCGCUUGAGCGUUGACACCAGCAUCCUGGGUGACAGUGUGACUAGCAACUUGAGCGAUGGUCUGAGGGCACUCAUCUCGGCUACUGUUGGUGUUGCGGCGAUGUUCUGGAUAUCUAGCAAGCUCACACUUGUGAUGCUCUGCGUUGUACCACCAAUCUCAAUCGGAGCUGUCUUUUACGGACGGUAUCUGAGGAAGUUGUCGAAUCUCACCCAAGAGGCUAUUGGGGACAUGUCAAAGACCGCCGAGGAGAAGCUCAACGCGUUCAAGACGGUUACCGCGUACAACUCUCAAAUCACCGAAGGGAGGGUGUUCUCCGCCAAAGUGAACGAGGUGUUUGGAUUGGCGAAGAAGGAGGCGUACAUGUCGGGCAUAUUCUGGGGGAUGAGCGGGCUGACGGGGAACUUGGCCAUGCUAUGCUUAUUGGGUUACGCGGGUGGACAUCUCGUUUCGCACGGCGAGAUCACUGUUGGUGAUCUGACCUCGCUGCUCAUGUACAGCGCUUACGUCGGCGGCUCCGUGUCUGGCUUGACCGGCUUCUUUACCGGCCUGAUGAAGGGCGUCGGCGCAGGCGGGCGCGUGUUUUGGCUCCUCGACCGUCAAUCCGCGAUCCCUCUCGGUGUUGGCCAGAAGGUUCCUCUUUCUCGGAAUGGCGCGAUCCGAUUCCAGGAUGUCAAGUUCACCUAUCCUAGUCGAAAAGAAGUGGAAGUCUUGAAAGGGGUGACAUUCGAGAUCAAGCCGGGGACCUGUGUGGCUCUAGUCGGAUCAAGCGGCAGCGGCAAGACUAGCGUCCAGCAGCUAAUCAGCCGAUUCUAUGACCCCACUGGUGGAUCUGUCGAGUUCGACACUGACGAUAUCCGUUCUUUCGAUGUCGAGUCAUGGAGAGACCGCAUUGGCAUAGUCUUCCAAGACCCCAUACUAUUCGCCGGAUCAGUCCACGACAAUAUCGCAUAUGGCUCACCGAACGCUACACGUAGGGAGGUAGAGGAGGCAGCGAGGCAGGCAAAUUGCGAGUUUAUCUGGGACCUGCCGCAGGGCUUUGACACUCAAAUUGGAAAAGCCAGCCUAUCUGGCGGCCAACGUCAGCGCAUCAGCAUCGCCCGUGCUUUGGUCAAGAAGCCUUCCAUACUGCUCAUGGACGAAGCUACAUCUGCGCUCGACUCUGCUUCCGAGACCGCUGUCAAUCGAGCCAUCGACGCUAUCGUUCGAGAUCAGAACAUAACAGUUAUCCUCGCUGCCCAUCGAUUAUCGACAAUUGCUCAAGCUGAGCAUGUCAUCGUGCUGGAAGGUGGGGUAGUAUCUGAACAGGGGUCGUAUGCCAUCCUGUCAAGAAGAGAAGGAAGUCGGUUCCGGACUUUGAUGGCUGCUCAGCUCUUGCUCGAGCAGUCGGGCGAUAAGAGGCGAGAAGCCUCAGUGGCUUCGGCCAGGGAGAAGGAAAGGAUCGAGCUCGCCAAUGCCGCAUAA